CUGCCCCUUCCUUCCUCUAUCUCAAAAUAAAUAAACAUUGUUUAAAAGUGUGUCUAUGUGUUUGUGUAUGUGUGUAUGUUUUUCUUUUCUGGUGUUGUAACUUUUCUUAUUUUUUCAUCUAUUUUACAGCUACACAAAAAUAUCAUUAUAAAGAAGGAAGAUAAUGAAAAAUUACACCUCAGUAACAGAAUUUAUUCUUCUUGGAUUGACAAAUGACCCACAGUGGCAGGUUGUACUUUUCGUAUUUCUUCUUGCUACCUACAUGCUAAGUGUGACUGGGAACCUGAUCAUUGUCACCCUCACCCUUUCAGAUGCCCACCUGCAGACGCCAAUGUAUUUCUUCCUUCGAAACUUCUCAUUCCUAGAAAUAUCAUUCACGUCUGUCUGCAUUCCCAGAUUCCUUGUCACUUUUGUGACAAGGGACAGAACCAUUUCCUACAAUGGUUGUGUGACUCAGCUAUUUUUCUUCAUCUUCUUGGGGGUGACAGAAUUUUACCUUCUGGCUGCCAUGUCCUAUGACCGCUACGUGGCCAUCUGCAAGCCUCUCCAUUACAUGACCAUCAUGAGCAGCAGAGUCUGCACCCUUCUUGUCUUUAGCUCAUGGCUUGCAGGAUUCCUGAUCAUCUUUCCACCAAUACUGUUGCUUCUACAGUUGGAGUUCUGUGCCUCCAAUGUAAUUGAUCAUUUUAUCUGUGACGCUUCUCCAAUUCUACAGCUUUCUUGUACAAACACUCGCUUUCUAGAACUCAUGGCAUUUUUUUUAGCAGUGGUAACACUUAUGGUCACCUUAACACUAGUUAUUCUCUCUUACACAUACAUCAUCCGUACAAUUCUGAGAAUUCCUUCCACAAGUCAAAGGAAGAAAGCCUUUUCCACUUGUUCCUCCCACAUGAUAGUGGUCUCCCUCUCUUAUGGAAGCUGCAUUUUCAUGUACAUUAAGCGUUCUGCAAGGGAAAGGGUGACUUUAAGCAAAGGAGUAGCUGUGCUUAAUACCUCAGUGGCUCCUCUCUUAAAUCCUUUCAUAUAUACACUAAGGAAUCAGCAGGUGAAGCAAGCCUUUAAGAAUGUGGUCCAGAGAAUGGCCUUUUACUCAAAUAAAUGAAUGUUAUUAUGAAAAAAGUAUACCCUUAAAAGUAAAGCUGAAUGAAGAACUCUCUGCCUUUCUCUACAUAAAUUCUUCAAACACCUCAAUUCAUUCUUUCAGUUAGACAUAUGUAUAUAAACAACACCUCUUUUUCUUACUAGCCUAAAAACCAGGUCUUAACUGGCUUUCUGUAUAGAAAAUAGUCAAUCUUAUCCUGUGUAACUAAAAUUCAUGUGUCAAUAAUCUCCA